CACCCAGUGGUCGCUGCCCGCCCCUCGUUGCCUUGGUGGCAAAAGCGUUCCCUGUCGCGCGCCGCCCGUCGGUGAUGUGAAGUGGAUACGCAGAGGGCUGCGGCGGUCACGCCACAACCCACGGCACGCCACACACAACAACAACACACACCAUUCCACACACAACACAACACCACUCACAACACCACCACACCACAACAACACCACACACCACGCCACACACCAACAAAACCACAUAGCACACUACAACGACACCACCACAACACCCCCACACAACAACACCCCCACACACCCCACCACAACACCAAACACCACCGCCACCCAACUACCACACAACACCACCACACAACACCCCCACACAACAACACACACCACACACGACACCACACCACACACACCACCCCCACACACAACACCACCACACAACACCACAAUACACCACCCCACCACCCCCACACACCACAACACACAACACCACAACACACCACACCACACACAACACCACACACAACACACCCACACACAACACCACCACACAUCACACCACACCAUACACAACACCCCCACACACCACACACACCACCCCCACACACCACACACAACACAACACCACCACACACAACACAACACCACCACACACACCACCCCCACAACACCACACACACCACCCCCACACACCACACACAACACACCACCACACCACACACCACCCCCACAACACAACACACCACGCCCCAUGGCGUCCCCGCGAUGUGGCGAAGGGAGCGCCGAGAGUGAACAGGGAGGCAGCGUCAGCCGCCCGCAGAUGCCUGCCUCCUCGUCCUUGGCUGCAGUGGCUCCUCCGCUGAUGCAGCUUCAUCGGGGACCACAGGAAGAUGGAGAGCAGUGUGCCCUACUCCGGUCAAGGAUUGAGGAGCAGUCUCACCUCAUCUCUAUCCUCAAGCGUCGUGCCGAUGAUACCUUAGCCCGAUGUCAGGUCCUAGAGUGCAGAAGUAGUGAGCUGGAGAGAGAAAGGGACGUGUCAGACAAGCGUUGCAGCCUGCUAGAGCAACGCUUCAUGGAGCUGGCCUCCAACCACCAGGAAAUGAUCACAUUCAAGGAUGAACACAAGAAGCAGAACGUGGAUCUGCGGGAAGAGAAUGCACGGUUGAGACGUGAAAAUGAGGAUCUUUUUUCUGCUUCCAUUGAGGAAAGAGACACGAUCAUCACUAAACUCGCACAGGAUUUGCAAGCCUUGCAGACAGAGUGCUCUGAACAGGAACAACUAUGCAGUCAGAAGACAAAGAAUUAUUAUGAAAAGGAAAAUGAAUUUAAAAUCCGCUUGGAAUAUGUUGAAAAAACACAUGCACAAGAGACAGAAUCUCUAAAAAAGAAGCUGAAAGAAUUGGAGACAAAAAUUGCUGAGACUGAGGCUCUUACACUGGCUGAGAAAAGUGGGUGGGCAGCCGAGCAAAAGAGCUUGAAGAAACAGGUGGACGACCUGGCUCGGGAAAAACAGGAACUGUUAGAGCUUACAAUGCAGAGAGGCCGACUCUUGCAGGAAAGACAGAAGGACAUACAGCUGCUCGAGCAUAAGCUGAGGAAAUCGGAGGAUGCAAGGAGGUCUGCAGAGAAAAGGUUUGAGCGGGAUGUGGAGGCGGUGAAUGCUGAACUGCAGGUGAGGGCAUUGAGGGGGAAGCUGGACAACUCUGCACAGGCGUUUGACAGACUGCAAAAGGAGUUUGAAGCCUUUAAGAAGCAUAGUGGAGAAUUACUUUCCAAAGAAAAACAACUGAAUGCAAAAUUACGCCAUUUUGUUAGUUGAAAGACCAUGUUUGUUUUCUUAUUCACAACGUAUUUUUUUGUCAAAUUUUUGAAUGAAAAAAUGUUCUUUGAAAUGUGGUGUUGUAGUUAGAAAUCGUUUUCAUAUAGGUAUCUUUCAAAAAAACUGUUUUAGCACAAUAAGCUCCGGGCGCUUAAUAACACUAUGUAACACAAUUUGUGUUCCUGGGUAGUGUUAUUUUGUAAUUGCUUAUGCCUAAAAAGUAUAGAAAAUGGCUAUUAUUCCCCACAAACUUUGCUUUUGUGACCAGGACAGUGAUAUUUUGAAAUUGACCUAUUUUCAAUGAGAAAACGGGCAAAUUUGUGUGUUUUCGUUCACAUAAAGUCAGAAAAAAACAACAUGAAUAAAAAUUCACAUGUAUUUAUACUUAAAGUAAUACAAAAAUGACUGCAAAAGAUUUAGAAGUGAGUAGUUUUUCCAGAUUUACGAUUAUACUGUAAAUCGCUUUCACAAAUCAGCCCCCAAAUGUCUCCCAUCAUGUUCUCGUUAUACUGUCCUUGGUAGUGGCGUUCAAAGUCCAGUAUAUCCUGGUGGAAAUGCUCGCCUUGCUCCUCUGAGUACGCUUCCAUGUUCUUCUUGAAUUGAUCAAGAUGAGCAUCAAGGAUAUGGACUUUGAGGGACAUCCUACAGCCCAUUGUGCCGUAGUCCUUCACUAGAGUCUCAACCAGCUCCACAUAUGAUAAUUGGUUUUUUACCUUUUUAUCUGGCAACAAAACUGACACCUUAUUUACAAGCUCCACAUAAUCUUAAUUUUAGAACUUUCGUGACUGCGGGAAUUCUUAUUUGGUUCUUUCGGUUAAGUCACGUCUAAAGGUAAAAUAAUAAAUUAAAUAAUAGUAUAUUACGACAUUUCGAUUGCAACACAAGCAAUCAUCAUCAGGUAUAAUGAAAUAGCGACAUAAAAUCUAAGCAGAAAACUAUAGAC